AUGAAUGCUUUAGCUGCAACAAACAGGAACUUCCGUCAUGCAUCGCGAAUCCUGGGUUUGGAUUCGAAGAUCGAGAGGAGUCUUAUGAUCCCCUUUAGAGAGAUCAAGGUUGAGUGCACGAUCCCUAAAGAUGAUGGUACUCUGGUUUCGUACAUCGGAUUUAGGGUUCAACACGACAAUGCUCGUGGACCCAUGAAAGGUGGAAUCAGAUAUCAUCCUGAGGUGGAUCCUGAUGAAGUGAACGCACUGGCUCAGCUAAUGACAUGGAAAACUGCUGUAGCAGAUAUUCCAUACGGUGGAGCUAAAGGUGGAAUUGGAUGCAGCCCUCGAGAUUUGAGUUUGAGCGAGCUUGAGCGACUUACUCGUGUCUUUACACAGAAGAUUCAUGAUCUCAUCGGUAUUCAUACCGAUGUGCCUGCUCCUGAUAUGGGUACAAAUGCUCAAACCAUGGCUUGGAUUCUUGAUGAGUACUCCAAGUUUCAUGGUCAUUCCCCUGCUGUUGUCACUGGAAAGCCCAUUGAUCUUGGUGGUUCACUUGGUAGGGAAGCUGCCACAGGACGCGGUGUAGUUUUCGCCACUGAAGCUCUUCUUGCUGAGUAUGGGAAAUCAAUUAAGGGAUUGACAUUUGUUAUUCAGGGUUUCGGGAAUGUUGGAACAUGGGCUGCUAAGCUGAUCCAUGAGAGAGGUGGAAAAGUGGUUGCAGUAAGUGACAUUACAGGUGCAGUGAGGAACCCUGAAGGUAUAGACAUCCCGGCUCUUCUGAAACACAAAGACGCAACUGGAAGUCUCAAUGAAUUCAGCGGUGGAGACGCUAUGGAUUCAGAAGAAUUGCUAAUCCAUGAGUGCGACGUUCUCAUCCCUUGCGCUCUUGGCGGUGUCCUGAACAAAGAAAAUGCUGGAGAUGUGAAGGCAAAGUUCAUAGUAGAGGCAGCAAACCAUCCAACCGAUCCAGAUGCUGACGAGAUUCUGUCGAAGAAAGGAGUGAUUAUACUUCCAGAUAUAUACGCAAACGCAGGAGGAGUGACGGUGAGUUACUUUGAGUGGGUGCAGAACAUUCAAGGGUUCAUGUGGGAAGAGGAAAAAGUGAACCUGGAGCUGCAAAAGUACAUGACUCGAGCCUUCCACAACAUCAAGUCAAUGUGCCAUACUCAUUCCUGCAACCUCCGUAUGGGAGCUUUCACUCUUGGAGUUAACCGAGUCGCUCGAGCCACAACGUUGCGUGGCUUCUCGACGUCUCACGGAGGUUCUGGCGGCGGGGCUGUUACUUUACGGGAUGAGGUACGUUGUAGAAAAAGAGAGUCGAGGUGGUCUAGAAUCGUCGAGCCACCUCCAGAAACGGAUCGAGCAAACGGCACGUUGAGUUGCCCUAGACGCUUUUACCAGCUAAAGCUUAAAGAAUACCAUUAUCAGUAUCAAAAUGGAACUCUUCAGGAUGAUGAUAUCCAUCCCGAUGAUGCCAAUGACUAUGUAGGGAAUUUUUUACAAUCCUGUCGUAUUGAGCCUCCUCCUUUAAGUGAGUCACUUCCUCCUUUAGGGGAAUUUACAUGCGAUUCUGCAUUUACAUUUCCUCCAGGGAUCACACUCAAGGAGCUUGUGUACAGGAAUCCUAACUUCGAGUUUAUGAAGCCACUGGACAAGGGAGUGGUCUCGGCUAUGAUUGAUUUGCAUGCUUUUGUUGGUGGUGUUGACUGUUUUACUUACAUGGAGUUCGCUCACCAUUCUCUUGUCAUGCAACCACCUCAACGCCUUUCAAUGAUGAUGAACCGAUUCACACAAAUGCAGGUUGGACCUCUGGAUAUCCAAACUGAUGCACAAACUGUUCUUGAGGAUCCUGCAUUGACAUUUCCUGCAAGGAUCACACUCAAAGAACUUGGUGUUAUUAAGCUCACAGCGCAGUUUGUGGCUCGAUAUGGGAUCUAUUUUCGUCGGGCUCUGAUGGUGAAAGUGGUUACGAUCCCUCAGUUUGAGUUUAUGGAGAAGAAUCGUAGCAGGAACUUCUUAUUCAAUAUGCUUGUCAAAAAACUGAAGGUGAGUGAUGCGUGCACGGCCACUGUUCUCGAGGUUUUCUUCCACCGUCUUCAAUUGGAGAAGCUCAAGGAUGGAGUGAAGGAUGGGGUGCAGACGGCUAUGAUUGAGUUGCAUGCUUUUGUGGGUGGUCUUGACUGUUUUGCUCACAGGGCGAAUUGCCAAUUUUCUGCUAUCUUGCCGCCACCUGAACCCGUUUCAACGAUGAUGAAGUGGCUAACACAGCCCGAUAUGCUUCUGCAGCAUACGCUGGGACCUCUGCUUUCUGAAUACCAUAUGAAGACUCAUGACAUCAAAGAUUAUCCUCUAGCUCCUCAUCAGUUUGUAGCUGAUUUUUUUAGGCUUUAUCGAAGAAGCCUUUCAUUUACAUUUCCUGCAAAGAUCACACUCAAGGAGCUUGGUGUUAUUAAGCUCACAGCGCAGUUUGUGACGCGGUCUGUUCUUGAGGUUUUUCUCCUCCGUCUUCAGUUGGAGAAGCUGGGGGAGAGAGUGGAGACGGCUAUGAUUGAUUUGCAUGCUCUUAUGAGCGUUGUUGACUGUUUUGCUCACAUGGAUGAUAUUAACUAUUCUGCUAUCAUGCCACCACCUCAACGCCUUUCAACGAUGAUGAACCGGCCAACACAAAUGCGACCUGAUAUGCUUGUGCAGCCUCCACUGGGAUCUCAGCAUUCGGAAUACCAUGCUCAGAAUGAAGAUGGAGCUCCGGAUAUCCAACCUGAUCCUCCAGCUACCCAUGAAUGUGUAGGUGAUGCACAACCUGAUCUUGAGCUUCCUCCUUAA